CUUUCAACACCCCCACCGCUGCCGCCUCCGAUACAGGCAUAUGCAUUUAAGCCUCCCCCUCGACCUGAUUUUGGAACUUCAGGGAGAACAAUCAAACUACAAGCCAACUUUUUUGAAAUGGACAUUCCUAAAAUUGACAUCUACCAUUAUGAAUUGGAUAUAAAGCCAGAGAAGUGCCCUAGAAGAGUUAACAGAGAAAUAGUUGAACAUAUGGUCCAGCACUUUAAAGCGCAAAUAUUUGGGGAUCGCAAACCAGUAUUUGAUGGAAGAAAAAACCUCUACACAGCUAUGCCGCUUCCAAUAGGGAGGGACAAAGUGGAGUUGGAGGUCACAUUGCCAGGGGAAGGGAAGGACAGAAUAUUUAAAGUGGCAAUAAAGUGGAUGUCCUGCGUGAGCCUGCAGGCUUUACAUGAUGCUCUUUCUGGUCGUCUUCCAAGUGUUCCUUUUGAAACAAUUCAGGCACUGGAUGUAGUAAUGAGGCACCUGCCUUCCAUGAGGUAUACUCCUGUGGGCCGGUCCUUUUUUACUGCAUCAGAAGGGUGCUCAAAUCCCUUGGGUGGGGGUAGAGAAGUAUGGUUUGGAUUCCACCAGUCAGUUAGGCCUUCACUGUGGAAAAUGAUGCUUAACAUCGAUGUAUCUGCAACAGCAUUUUAUAAGGCACAGCCAGUAAUUGAGUUUGUAUGUGAAGUUUUGGAUUUCAAAAGUAUUGAAGAACAACAGAAACCUCUGACAGAUUCCCAAAGGGUUAAGUUUACCAAAGAAAUUAAAGGUUUGAAGGUGGAGAUCACUCAUUGUGGGCAAAUGAAGAGAAAAUACAGAGUAUGCAAUGUUACACGACGACCAGCAAGCCACCAAACAUUCCCACUUCAGCAGGAGAGUGGACAGACAGUUGAAUGCACUGUAGCUCAAUAUUUUAAGGAUAGGCACAAGUUGGUUUUACGCUACCCUCAUCUUCCAUGUUUACAAGUUGGACAGGAGCAGAAACACACAUACCUUCCUCUAGAGGUAUGCAACAUAGUGGCAGGACAGAGGUGUAUAAAGAAGCUGACAGACAAUCAAACUUCUACUAUGAUAAGGGCGACUGCCCGAUCGGCACCUGACCGUCAAGAGGAGAUCAGCAAACUGAUGCGAAGUGCAAGUUUCAAUACUGAUCCUUUUGUUCGUGAAUUUGGAAUAAUGGUCAAAGAUGAAAUGACUGACGUGACUGGCCGGGUCUUGCAGCCUCCUUCAAUCCUCUACGGAGGCAGGAACAAAGCAAUUGCUACACCGGUUCAAGGGGUGUGGGACAUGAGGAACAAACAGUUUCACACUGGAAUUGAAAUAAAGGUCUGGGCAAUUGCUUGCUUUGCUCCACAACGCCAGUGCACUGAAGUCCAUCUUAAGUCCUUCACAGAGCAAUUGAGGAAGAUAUCAAGGGAUGCAGGAAUGCCCAUCCAGGGUCAGCCAUGUUUCUGUAAAUAUGCCCAAGGAGCAGAUAGUGUGGAGCCAAUGUUCCGACAUCUAAAAAACACCUAUGCUGGGUUGCAGCUUGUGGUGGUCAUUCUGCCAGGAAAAACUCCAGUUUAUGCGGAGGUAAAGCGUGUUGGUGACACUGUGCUGGGCAUGGCCACGCAGUGCGUGCAGAUGAAAAAUGUGCAGAGGACGACACCGCAGACGCUUUCCAAUCUGUGCUUGAAGAUCAACGUCAAACUGGGAGGAGUAAAUAACAUUUUGCUGCCCCAGGGAAGGCCUCCAGUAUUUCAGCAGCCUGUUAUUUUCCUCGGUGCGGAUGUCACUCAUCCACCAGCUGGAGAUGGAAAAAAGCCUUCGAUUGCUGCUGUUGUAGGCAGCAUGGAUGCCCACCCCAAUCGAUACUGCGCCACUGUGAGAGUCCAGCAACACCGCCAAGAAAUCAUCCAAGACUUGGCAGCCAUGGUCAGGGAGCUGCUGAUUCAGUUCUACAAGUCCACCCGAUUCAAACCCACGCGGAUCAUUUUCUACAGAGAUGGUGUUUCUGAGGGGCAGUUCCAGCAGGUUCUCCAUCAUGAAUUACUGGCUAUCAGAGAAGCAUGCAUUAAGCUAGAAAAGGACUACCAACCUGGAAUUACAUUCAUCGUUGUGCAGAAAAGGCAUCACACCAGACUCUUUUGUACAGAUAAAAACGAAAGGGUUGGGAAAAGUGGAAACAUUCCUGCAGGUACUACAGUGGACACAAAAAUAACCCAUCCUUCAGAAUUUGACUUCUACCUGUGCAGUCAUGCUGGUAUUCAGGGAACAAGCAGACCUUCUCAUUACCACGUUCUCUGGGAUGACAAUCGUUUCUCUUCAGAUGAGCUUCAAAUACUCACCUACCAAUUGUGUCAUACCUAUGUGCGCUGUACUCGUUCUGUUUCAAUUCCUGCACCAGCAUACUAUGCGCACCUGGUUGCCUUCCGAGCCAGGUAUCAUCUGGUAGAUAAAGAACACGAUAGUGCCGAAGGGAGCCACACUUCUGGUCAGAGCAACGGCAGAGAUCAUCAAGCACUUGCAAAAGCUGUUCAGGUUCAUCAGGAUACUUUACGCACCAUGUACUUUGCUUGACAUGUUGCGGUGAUUUAAGUUAACUCGGUUCAGAGUUGGAUUCACAGGAGACCAGCUGCACUUAGACCAACAGUUGCCCAAGCUACAGCGACAGCCAGCAAUGAGUGAUGCAUCUUUAUUUUAUUAGGUUUUAAAGUAUUUUUUUUUCCAUUUGCAAGAAAGCCUUCCGUCCAGAAAUUUCAGACUCAAUUGAGAAUUGCAGACCUGUCCAAAAUCCCACAGCUAUUAGAAGUGUGGAUUUGCCAAAUCUAAAGCUGCUUGUCAGGAGAACAAAAA